AUGCUAUACCAACUGCUUUCGCUUUCUCAGCUCGCAACUGUGGUGUUGGGCCAUCCCAAUGUAUCGCCAGAUGUCAGCACCGCCCGAGUUGUCUCGAGAGAUGGACGGUGCGGGAUAGGUUUCGGCACGACGUGCGAAAACGAUGAAUGCUGCUCGAGCGCGGGGUACGGUCUCACAUGGUGCGGAGUUGGGUACGAUUACUGCUCUGCGCCGGCCUGUCAGAUUGACUUUGGCCCGCGGUGUGACGCCAAUGUGCGACCCAAGGGUCCGGCUACGGAGCGGGUUGCACGGCCGCACAUUGGCAAUAUUCCCUACGGCGAAGCCAUCUACCACUGUGAGCGGUAUGGCGAUAUUGCCCUGACCUUUGAUGACGGUCCCUACACGUACACUGAGGAUCUCCUGAACAUUCUCCAGGACUACAAUGCCAAGGCGACCUUUUUCGUCACCGGCAACAAUCUCGGCAAGGGCGCCAUAAACGACCCUCGAUACGCCUGGGGUGGCCUGAUCAAGCGCAUGGUGGCCAGCGGCCAUCAGGUCGCCAGUCACACGUGGUCGCACCAGCGCCUGACGGAGCUGAGCAGGACGCAGCUGCGCAACCAGAUGUUUUUCAACGAGGCGGCACUCGCCGACCUUCUUGGAUAUUUUCCGACGUACAUGCGGCCGCCGUACUCGGCCAGCAACGAUGAGACGGACCGCUGGCUCGGCGAGCUCGGCUACCACGUUACGUACUUUAACCUCGACACCGAAGGCUACCUGCACGACGAGCCGGACCAAAUUCAAAAAUGCAAGGACAUUUGGGACGACGCCGUCGAGAAGCGCGACCCGAAGACGACCAAGUGGCUCCAGAUUGAGCACGACACGGUGUACCAGUCCGUGUACAACUUGACCGAGUACGCCCUCAAGUCGCUGUUUCGAAACGGCUUCCGGUCCGUCACCGUGGGCGAGUGCCUGGGCGACCCGCGCGAGAAUUGGUACAGGAGGGUGUAG